AUGACCAUGUGUAGCGGAGCAAGGCUGGCCCUGCUGGUCUAUGGCAUAAUAAUGCAUAGCAGUGUUUCCUGUUCACCUGCCGCCGGACUCAGCUUCCCUGGGAUCAGACCAGAAGACGAGGCUUACGACCAGGACGGAAACCCGCUGCAAGACUUCUACGACUGGGACCCUCCGGGUGUGGGAAGCCCCGCCUCCGCGCUGCGUGAUGCUUAUGCCCUUUACUACCCAGCGGACAGGAGAGAUGUCGCCCACGAAAUCCUUAACGAAGCCUACCGCAAAGUCUUGGACCAGCUGUCCGCCAGGAAGUACCUUCAGUCGGUCGUGGCCAGGGGCGUGGGGGAGAACCUAGGCGGCGGUGCGGUGGACGACCGGGCGCCCCUUACCAAACGGCACUCGGAUGGCAUCUUCACAGAUAGCUACAGCCGCUACCGAAAACAAAUGGCUGUCAAGAAAUACUUGGCGGCCGUGCUAGGGAAAAGGUAUAAACAGAGGGUUAAAAACAAAGGACGCCGAAUAGCGUACUUGUAG